AUGUCAAGAGUGGUUCGUAUCUAUAAGACACUGCGCAACCACUGGAAAAAGAGUACGGUGGGGUUUUGCUUGCUGACAUAUGGAGGAAACUGGAUAUAUGGAAAACACUGUGAUAACUUGCUGAGGAGGGCAGCCUGCCAAGAAGCGCAGGUUUUUGGAGACCAGCUGAUACAUCCUAACACAGCAGUGAAAAAAGCGACAGUGUUCCUAAACCCAGCAGCCUGCAAAGGAAAGGCCAGGACACUUUUUGAGAAGAAUGCAGCUCCGAUCCUUCAUUUGGCUGGAAUAGAUGUCACCAUAGUCAAGACAGACUAUGAAGGCCAAGCCAAGAAACUCCUGGAACUGAUGGAAAACACAGAUCUGAUCAUUGUUGCUGGUGGAGACGGAACUCUGCAAGAAGUUAUUACAGGACUCCUCCGCAGAGCUGAUCAGGCCUCCUUCAGUAAGAUUCCCAUUGGCUUCAUCCCACUCGGCAUGACCAACACAUUGAGCCAAAUCUUAUAUCCCCAGACUGAAAACAAGGUUCAAAACAUCUCGAAAGCCACCCUUGCUAUUCUGAGCGGAGAGACUAUUCCUCUUGAUGUGCUACAAAUAAAAGGAGAACAGGAGCAGCCUGUAUUUGCACUGACCGGCCUGCGAUGGGGAAGCUAUCGAGAUGCAGCAGGGGAAUCUACAAAGUAAGUUCACUGAAUGCAUCUGCAUACACAGAGAUAAGUUGUCAAAUGACCAAAAUGAUUGAAUGGCCCCAGAGACAUCAGGCCUCCAUCUCGUUCUUGGGACCCACCGAGCGCCCUCCAGAGGAACCUGAGGAAAAGCCAAGACGCCCACCUCUUCAUGUUAGGAUAUACCGAAGGCUUGCCAACUACUGGUCACCCCCAAAAGUUGAGGUUCCUGUGGAAGCUCCUCCUGAACAGUGGGAAGAGGUUCAGCUUUCAGCGGUUGAGCUGACCAUCAGUACCCAGAACUAUCCUCCAGACCUAACCCGUUCUCUGGACUCCAUGAGUAUUUGCAUUGAACCCGACACCAUCAGCAAGUCUGAAUUCAUUCGUACUGGUAUUGAGAAGAUUAAAGAUCCCCUGCAGUGCCCUAAAGAUUCCCAGAAGCUCCACGCCAGCCGCUGCAGCAUUCAGCUGCCACAGGACACAGCCGGCCAUUUCAGUAUAGACUCUGAAGAGUAUGAAGCUAUGGCUGUAGAGGUGACACUUCUGCCAAGAAAGUUGCAUUUCCUGUGUCAUCCAUCCCAAAAAGAACAUUUUACCCAGACUGCAGCACCAGCAUAA